GGGAUGUAAGGCACCUCACUCUUCCUCUAAGUCUCUAUAUAUAGCUGCAGGUUCUCUUUUCUCAGUAUCACCUUCUCAUCUCUAAAGCAUUUCUUUCAGCUAUGGAGCCUCAUUGCCUUCGUGUUUUUUGGGCUCUCAAUUUGAUGAUGCUGAUGACAACCCAUGCUGCCUUACCUCCGGAAAUUUACUGGAAAAUGAUGCUUCCAAGUACUCCCAUGCCAAAAGCAGUAAUAGAGCUACUGAGAGGAGAUGUGAGCAUUGAGACGUGUGUUGAUACCUAUACUCAAUCAAAAGAUAAAAUCUCGAAGGAGAUUUCAUCACAAGAUAAUCCACUUUGGAUUCAAUACACUAAAGAGGCCCAAUCAAAUGAUCAACUCCCCAUCUCAAACCUUGGUGUUAAAGAGAUUCAAUCACAGGAUAAUCCACUUUGGAUUCAAUACACUAAAGAGUCUCAGUCAAAAGAUCAACUCCCCAUCUCAAACCUUGGUGUUAAGGAGAUUCAAUCACAUGAUAAUCCACUUUGGAUUCAAUACACUAAAGAGUCUCAGUCAAAUGAUCAACUCCCCAUCUCAAACCUUGGUGCUAAGGAGAUUCAAUCACAGGAUAAUCCACUUUGGAUUCAAUACACUAAAAAGUCUCAGUCAAAAGAUCAACUCUCCAUCUCAAACCUUGGUGUUAAAGAGAUUCAAUCACAAGAUAAUCCACUUUGGAUUCAAUACACCAAAGAGUCUCAGUCAAAUGAUCAGCUCCCCAUCUCAAACCUUGGUGUUAAGGAGAUUCAAUCACAAGAUAAUCCACUUUGGAUUCAAUACACUAAAGAGUCUCAGUCAAAUCAUCAGCUCCCCAUCUCAAACCUUGGUGUUAAGGAGAUUCAAUCACAGGACAAUCCACUUUGGAUUCAAUACACUAAAGAGUCUCAGUCAAAUGAUCGGCACCCCAUCUCAAACCUUGGUGUUAAGGAGAUUCAAUCACAGGAUAAUCCACUUUGGAUUCAAUACACUAAAGAGUCUCAAUCAAAAGAUCAACUCCCCAUCUCAAACCUUGGUGUUAAGGAGAUUCAAUCACAGGAUAAUCCACUUUGGAUUCAAUACACUAAAGAGUCUCAGUCAAAUGAUCAGCUCCCCAUCUCAAACCUUGGUGUUAAGGAGAUUCAAUCACAUGAUAAUCCACUUUGGAUUCAAUACACUAAAGAGUCUGAGUCAAAUGAUCAACUCCCCAUCUCAAACCUUGGUGUUAAAGAGAUUCAAUCACAGGAUAAUCCACUUUGGAUUCAAUACUCUAAAGAGUCUCAGUCAAAUGAUCAGCUCCCCAUCUCAAAACUUGGUGUUAAGGAGAUUCAAUCACAAGAUAAUCCACUACGAAUUUAUGUUGGUAAAGAGUCUCAACAUGAAAAUUCUGGUGCUAGUGACCAUCAUUUGCAUGAGAUUUCAGCACGUGUAGGUUUCUUCCAAGAAGAUCAACUCCAUUCAGACAACAAGUUCUACAUGCACUUGAAUAAGAUAAGAUCUUCAAUCCCAUUGUUGCCUCGCCAGAUUACACAACAAAUACCAUUCUCACUAGACAAGAUGAAAGAAGUAUUGGAGAUGCUUUCUGUGAAACCCAACUCGAAGAAUGCUGAGAUUAUGGAGAAAACCAUUAGUGGUUGUGAAGCGCCUGCAAUGGAUGGAGAGGAAAAAUACUGCGCAACUUCGUUGGAAUCCAUGAUGGAUUUUGUCACUUCCAAGCUAGGGAAGAACGUUCAUGCGAUGUCAACAGAUGUGCAAAAAGAAACUAAACUACAAAAUCUUUUAGUGAAAGAUGGAGUAAAGAAGUUAGCAGAUGAUCAUGUUAUUGCUUGUCAUCCUCUGGCAUACCCAUAUGUUGUCUUCGGGUGUCAUGAACUACAAAAGACUAGCGCCUAUUUUGUGCCCCUGGAAGGAGAAGAUGGCGUAAGAGUUAAGGCAGUUGCUGUAUGCCACAAAGACACAUCAAAAUGGGAUCCAAAUUAUGUGGCUUUCCGAGUGCUCAAAGUCAAACCUGGAACGGUUCCAGUGUGUCAUUUCUUCCCCGAGGGCCAUCUUCUUUGGCUUUCCAAGUAGAGUACCUAAUUGAAUUUGUCCUCCUAGUAUAUAUCCUUAAAUAAGUGGACACUUCCAUGUACAUAGCAUCAGCUGCAGAAGUUCCUAUAUGAUGUUUUUAUCUUUGUUAAAAACUGGGAUAUGUCUCAGUAGUCGGUGGCAUAGAAAUAUGCUGAUGAUUUGUGUAUAAAAGUAAUAAUGUGGCGUGGCUUUGUUUCAAAACUAUCCUAUGUUGUUGUGAGGAAACAUGUAUUGUUGCAAGUGUUGAAAUUGUGUCACAAUAUGAAGUAGUUCAAUUUGAUA